ACCCUAAAUAUCUCCCAAAUCAAGAUCAUCCAUUGCAUUUUCUCCCAAAACAAGAAAAAAUGUUGUGUAAUGGGCCUUUGGGCUGAACUGGGGCACAAGUCGGCUGACUUGCCAGACCAAGUUGACGACUAGUCGACUGAGAAUUUCCAGUCGUUGACAAGUCGCCCGACUUGCCAGAAAAGUCGAGUCGGCUCCCCAAGUCGAGCUCCCAGGACCGACUGGACGACUAGUCGCCGACUAGUCGACGACUUGAAAACAGGGAUUUCUACCAUCUCUGCAAAUUGAUAUCAUCCCACUAAACCAUUUCUUUUUAACAUAAGAAAACCUGAGUAUUCCACACUUCUUGAUACAAAAGUUUCUUGAUCAAGAGCAGCACAGGGCUCACCCAAACUAAAACUCCAUGACCUUGUAGAACUGAGAUAACAUAAAGUUGCAGCUAAAGGAUAGAAAAUCCUUAGCACAAGGUCAUCAGGGCUUAAUAAUUCAGUAGUCUAGGUACGAGGGACAGAAGGUAUGCUCACAGUUCCAAAUAAGACUACUAAUGGUGCAGAACUUCAGUUUGAUAGUUUCUGUGUGUUGGGCCAUCUAAUAAGACUACCUUUGAUGGACUCUAGUUUAUGUGUCUUUGGUCAUCUAUAAUCAUUUGGUCAUUACAUGUUUUAAAUGUAUAAUUCCAUCCUUGUGGAGCUAGGAUAUUGGUAAGGAUGUAAAUGGUCGGUAAAAUCCGGUAAAUUUCCGGUACCGUUUACCAUUUUUUUCCGGCCGUUUUCAGAUUUAUCGGGGUAUACGGAAAACGGGACGGAAACGGGAUAUGUUUUUUCGGAAACGGUACGGUAAACGGUGAGACAAACUUACCGUCCGUUUUCGUAUUUCUUGAGAUACUCCGGUAUAUUCCCGUAUUUUUCCCGGCCCACGUGUUACAUUGCAUCCACAUUCCAACGGACCUGCCAAUCAGCCAUCAGCCCAUCCCACGGCCAUGACCCAUGGGCCCAUGUUGGCCACGCAAGGCACGCACGCAUGAGACACAGGAGUACAGCCGUACAGGACACAGCCGCCGCCUGUUCGUGUUCCUUCCUGUGCGAGUCGGCGAACGGCGAGGCGUCUCCGGAGUCCGGACUGCGGCUGUGGACAGCGACUCUGUGACGGCGACUCGGCGAAGCCCCAAGCUGCCAAGCCCCCAGGUGCUGGUUGGAAUGGCAAGUACAGCAUGCUUUGUGAUUGUCAGUAAGAAUGACAUCCCAAUCUAUGAGGCAGAAGUUGGAUCUGCACCCAAAAAAGAAGAUUUGUCUUAUCACCAUCAGUUUAUUCUGCAUGCUGCAUUAGAUGUUGUUCAGGAUCUAGCAUGGACAACAAAUGCAAUGUUCCUGAAGUCAGUUGAUAGAUUCAAUGACCUUGUGGUGUCUGUUUAUGUAACUGCUGGUCAUACCAGAUUCAUGCUGCUUCAUGACUCGCGUAGCGAGGAUGGAAUAAAAAGCUUUUUUCAAGAGGUCCAUGAACUUUACAUCAAGAUAUUCCUCAACCCGCUUUACCUGCCCGGCUCUCGCAUCACAUCCUCUCAUUUCGAUACCAAGGUGAGGGCGCUCGCGAGGAGGUACCUGUAAUACGGGCAUAUGCUGGGGUUUCAUCGUAAAGCAGGCACGCCGAUUUUUUUGUGCCAUCAUCAUCUGAUAACACAUACGUCUAAUUUUUCUUGGCGUUGGCUUUGUUAUGACCGACCUAUGGAUCAUUUUUUUUUUCGAGAACAAAAUGACUUGUCUAAUUUUUCUUGGCGUUGGCUUUGUUAUGACCGACCUAUGGAUCAUUUUUUUUUCGAGAACAAAAUGACUUGGCGAUAAUGUUCAAACUUUAAUUGAUUGUGUCGUGCA